AUGGUUCAAAAGCAAUACCGAUUUGCCCCAAAAUCAAUAUUCACGUUUGCACUUCUAUGCUUUGUUGCCAUAGUUGUCGUAUUAUCUACAUCAUCCUUGGUACAGAUUGAAGAAUCGUUAGACCCAAUUGAAGUAUCAGAUAAAUUUAAAAAGCAUGAUAAAAAGAUAGUCAUUUUUCCAAAUAAUUUUGAAUCGGAUAGUCAUAAAUUGGCCAGCUUUUUCACAGAAGUAUUUGGACAAAAACUUAAUGAAGGCGAUAUAGUGUAUAAAAAUCGAGACACGUAUGAGUUGCCACAGACUGUGUAUAAUUGGAACACCAUUGAUUUGUUUCGAUCCAUCGGCGAAAAAGAUAGUUUAAAUUGUGAAAAAAUACCUUUAAAUUUCGAAACCAGCAAGAUAUAUAAUAAAAAUGCAGAUUUGUACAAGAUACUUCGAGAUUUUAAAGAUGAAAAUAGUUUUUAUUAUAAAGAAGUUUCAGUGUUUUUCCCAGAUUUGGCGAAACAGUUACAAGAGCGUACAAUCAAAAAGCAUUGGUUUCAACUCAUAGGCUCAUCAGUUUGGCUUGAACUGUAUGGUAUUCAUUUAAUGAUAUCAAGAGUUAUAUAUACCAAGACAGGUAACAAGGUACAACCAGUUAUAUCGUUGUCCUAUGUUCAGGCAUUUGAUCGCAAUUGGACAGAAUUGCAAAAUGUAACUUUAAUUGUACCGGAUGAUAGUACCGGGAAAUUUAAAACGGUCACGUAUCCAUCGUUUAUGCCAAUUCCAGUGUACCAUAACGUGAAGCAGCAACGUGGAAAGUUUUAUGGAGUAGAGGAUCCUAGAAUAAUACUUGUUAAAAACAAACAAGGAUAUGAGGAGCCGUUGAUUGUAUAUAACUCAUUCAAUCGUAACUCAUCAAAUACUAAUUACCUUGGAGAAAUUAAAAACCUUGUUAAACUUGAUACUUAUAGAUCAAUUUUCAUGGCUUGGAUAUGGAGAAGUCAAGUUGGGAAAAACAAUGUAGGUCUGAUGAUACCAGGUACCGCAACCACAAACGAUAUAUAUGUCAAAGUGAAAGAAUUGAGAUUGCCUGAUAAAAAAAAGUCUAAAACAGAAAAAAACUGGACACCAUUGGUGAUUUAUGAGGAUCAGAAAAUGCAAGGUUAUGAUUCACAUAUAUAUUUCAUAUAUCUGUUUGAAGAUUUGUCAAUUUUAAAAUGUUCUCUUUGGGAUACGGAAAACUGUGUUUGGGAGUAUCGAAUGAAUAAUAAAAAGACAAAGAUAUCUGAGCUUCGUGGAGGAACUGAAUUAAUGAACGUCAACCAGAUACUAGACAAACACAACUUUGACGGGUUAGAAAUAGUUAAGGACCAAUUCAAAGAUAAAGAAGUCUGGAUUGGGUUUGCUCGAGCAGCUUUAAGCAAAUGUGGAUGUGGAGUGAAAAUGUAUCGACCGAAUUUCACAAUGCUUGUCAGACAAAAAGGUAGCUUUCAGUUGUCUUUUGUGUCGUCUUAUAUGGAUUUUGGUGUGCCAAUAUUGCCGUGGACUAAGGGUAAAGGAUUGUGUAAUGGCAAGAAUUUAUUAAUACCCAAUGGAAUAUCUAAUUGGGUUUUGGCAGAGGGCGAAAAUGGUAGUUUUCAAGAUUAUAUGACUCUAAGUUUGUCGAGAUCUGAUUCCACAGUUGAUAUUAUACACAUCAAGGGAAUACUAAAGUCAAUACUAUCUGAGUAUUUAUUGCAUACAAGCAGAGACAUACUUAAUAAUAAUGCUAUACACUGUGCUUUACUUGAAUCUGAAAGCUAUUGUAAGAGUUAUGCUGAAAAUUAUAAAGCACAUUUGAAACGAUGGCAGAAUUGA